ACAGCACCAGAACCACAACCAGAACCGGAACCAACAGCAGAACCACAACCACAACCAGAACCACAACCAGAACCACAACCGGCACCACAAACAGCACCGGAACCACAACUGGAACCAGAACCAACAGCAGAACCAGAACCACAACCAGAACCAACAGCAGAACCGGCACCACAAACAGCACCGGAACCGGAACCACAACCACAACCAGAACCAACAGCAGAACUGGCACCACAAACA